CAUGUUGAUAUUCUUUUUCAUUUAUCCACCAAUCUAAGUUACGUUCUGCCAGUAUUCUGCAUAUGUGAACUUGGAUAUAAACCAGAUAAAGAUAAAGAUUGUAAAAAAAUAAAUGGAGGGCUAAAAAUCAACCAAAAAUUUGACAACUCAAAGCUGGUUAUGUCCUGUAAAAUGGACAUUAGGCAGCUGUAUUUAGCUUCAUAGUCAAGCCAUGUUCAUUGCUAAAAUUAUCUGCCAGCACAAGAAACAAGUACGGAAGCUUUAAGAGAAAGAUAUUUCGAAGGAUAAAGUCUUGAGGGAGGACAAAUAUAGAAGAAGCCUUGACGUUUUGGUAAGAGCAGCACAAUAAAAUGUUUGGUUGGCUCUAUGGGAAGACAAGAUUUUCCAAUGCCAUGUCUAUUGUUGAGCUUUUGGUACACAUGGAUUGUGAAGGAUGUCAAAAAAGGAUACGAAGAGCAAUCUCAAAAAUAGAUGGGGUAGACAGCUUGGAAAUCGACAUGGAUAAGCAGAAGGUAACGGUGACAGGAUACGUUGAUGAGAGGAAGGUGCUAAAGGUAGUGAGGAGAACUGGAAGGAAAGCGGAGUUGUGGCCAUUUCCAUAUGACAGUGAAUACUAUCCUUAUGCUUCCCAGUAUCUGGAUGAAUCGACGUAUGCAUCUUCUUACAACUACUACAGGCAUGGCUACAACGAAAGCGUGCACGGAUACUUCCCAGACCAAGCUUACUCAACUGUUCCUGAUCAAACCGUCCAUCUCUUCAGUGAUGACAAUGUUCAUGCUUACUGCAAUGUCAUGUGAUGACUGCUGAAUAAGUGUGCUGAAUUUACUCAUUUUCAAGCUCUUCGCUUAAUCCUUUUAUCCUGGUCAAAAUUUUAUACUAGUAGUUUUUACUUGCUCUCUAUCAAGAAUAUUCAUUUGGUUUCUCCAAUAUGUAUGCUUACAUUUUCACAUA